CAGCAGGGGGUUCCCCCACAGAACAGGGGUUGUUGCUCCAGCCAUCGGUCCUGAGCACCCAUGGGAGCUGCAGCAAGGGCAGAGGCUGCUGCUGGAGCCAUGUGCAUGCGUCACACACCCCUCGGGAUGGGCUUUAAGGAGGGCUCGGUGCUGCCCUGCCUCUAUUUAUAGCUGUGUGCUAUAGGUGCUUCCUCCUGGGCGCCAUGGGGGUGGCAUACAGAGGGUGAAUAACCCCCGUGUCUCGGCUUUAUCUGGAAGCAGGUGGGGGAAAGGCAUGUCUCCGGGGCCGGUGGGGCUGAGCUUGGCCGCUCUCCCUCCAGGGAUGGGGUCAGGGAUCACUCCCCCUUUACCGGAGCACACAGCCAGCCCCACAGAGGCACUGCUGGGGGGCUGCGGGGGCCCACCGCUCCUUUCUGACCGCCCCAGCCCCGUGGAGGCUGCUGUUGAGCUGGGGAUUUGUCCCCUGGUGUUUCAGGACAAUGGGAGCGAUGGUAGCUGGGAGCUCACACCUGUGGUUGGAGGGGAAUCCCCGGCAAAUUGCAAAGCCCCGUUUGCAGGUGGCCGGCCUGACCACAGGUGUCACUGCUCAGUUUAUUUUCUGCUCAGCGCUCACUUAACAUCUCCAAUAUCCCAGGGAGUGCGCGUAACAGGUAAACUGUGUGUGGCAAGUACCUGCAAGGUGCCUACAAACGGCCAGACUGGACGUGGCACUGGCGCGGUCCCAUCCAGGAGCUGAGUUUUGCAGCUAAUAAUACUGUUUGUGUCUCCUCACCGCCUUUGUUUUGGAAGAAAACAGCCCUAUAUCUGCAUUGAAUUGCCCGGCUACCUUGCACAGCCGGGAUCUAAUUACCUCAGGAGCUGGGAGCCCUGUCUCCGAGCAGCACCGAGGCUUUUGUUCUCAGUGACUUGCUCCGCCGUGUUUGGAGGGUGACAAUGCCGGGGAGCCUGCCAGGACCAGCUGCUGGUGCCACCGUGCUCGUACCGUGAUGCCUGCAGCCGGGCUGGGAAAGCUAAUAGGAGCUGGGAUGUCUUGGGCCAAGCGUCCAUGGCACAGCACUGGGUCAAAAACAGAAUGAGUGGGUCUAGUGAUGAGCACAGCUCUCCGCUGUGUGCUGGGAAGUGAGCUGGACUGCAUCCUUCCCUAUCGUGAUUCUUGCGCAGAGGGAAAUGCAAUCUGUAUGGCCCCAACUUGCAGCAGGGCAGCCCCAGAAAGAGCAAGGAGUGGUGUGGAACAGCACACAGCUGGGUUCUCCCCUCCCUCCCCGCACCAUGAGCUAUCUCUGGCCUCCUGUUAAUGUUUACAAGGCAGGUCCAGCGUCGUCGUGGUCUGUCCAAAGACCAGCUCCCUCCCCGGGAUCCUGCUUCCUGCUGGCGGGGCAGGGCUGUGGGACAGUCACGGGGAGGAAAAACCCGGCUCCCCGCUGCCUCGGUAACCCCACCAGCCCCGUUCUCCCCCGUGCUGUCCCCGGCUCCGCUUCCCCACUCGCGGGCGCAGAUGAGCAAUGUCACCUGUGCCUUGUCAUCUCCCCCGGCACCCAGCACCCCGCGGCCCAGCAUGGUGGCCACACUGGCCUCGGCUCCCCCAUCCCCAGCCCUCAUCCUGCUCACAGCUGCCCACAACACCUCUGAGGACAGCCGGCAGCUUUUCCUGACCACGACGGCAGCGCAGGUCAUCUCUGGCAUCUUCGUGUGGUCAGCGCUCAUCGUCACCUUUCACCAGAUCUACACGCACCUGAAGAAUUACACCGUCCCCAAGGAGCAGCGCUACAUCAUCCGCAUCCUCUUCAUCGUGCCCAUCUAUGCCUUCGACUCCUGGCUCAGCCUCCUCCUCCUCGGCAGCCACCAGUACUAUGUCUACUUCGACUCGGUGCGCGACUGCUACGAAGCUUUCGUGAUUUACAGCUUCCUGAGCCUUUGCUUCGAGUACCUCGGAGGGGAGAGCACCAUCAUGGCAGAGAUCCGGGGGAAGCCCAUUGCAUCCAGCUGCAUUUACGGGACCUGCUGCCUUCAGGGCAUGUCCUACUCCAUCGGCUUCCUGCGCUUCUGCAAGCAGGCUACGCUGCAGUUCUGCAUCGUGAAACCCCUCAUGGCCAUCGUCACCAUCAUCCUGCAGGCAUUUGGGAAGUACCACGACGGGGACUUCAAUGUCCAAAGCGGCUACCUCUACAUCACCAUCAUUUACAACUUCUCUGUGAGCUUGGCGCUCUAUGCCCUCUUCCUCUUCUACUUCGCCACCAUGGACCUGCUGCGCCCGUUUGAGCCAGUACUCAAGUUCAUCACUAUCAAGGCAGUAAUUUUCCUCUCCUUCUGGCAAGGGACGCUGCUUGCAAUCCUGGAGAAAUGUGGGGUGAUCCCCGAAGUUCAGAUCAUCGAUGGGAAGGAGGUGGGAGCUGGGACGGUGGCUGCCGGCUACCAGAACUUCAUCAUCUGCAUUGAGAUGUUCUUUGCUUCCAUUGCCCUGCGCUACGCGUUCACCUGCCAGGUGUACAGGGAAAAGAAAGAAAACUCAACAGCAAACCUUGCCCCGAUGCAGAGCAUCUCGAGUGGGCUGAAGGAGACCAUGAGCCCCCAGGACAUCGUGCAGGAUGCGAUCCACAACUUCUCGCCCGCGUACCAGCAGUACACCCAGCAGGCGAUGCAGGAGGCAGAGCGCAAAGCGCCGGGGGAGAACGGGCACGUAGCCUCCAAGGUGGAGGGACCAGCCGGCAGAAAGAGCAAAAACAUUGAGAAGAGAGUGCUGAUCGUGUCGGACGAGGAGCUGUAGGAGACAUCGGAGGGGACAGUAACACUGGAGAGGUUUAAACCCAUGCAAGUGGGAACUGUCUCAAGGCUGAGACACUCUGAGUCCCAAGAAGUUAGGAACUCAACUCAAAAAGGCAGUCUCUUGAAGGGAAGAUGCAAUAGCCCAGGGAAAGGUUAAAUCAAAUAGUGCCAGCUUCUGCUGUCCCAUCUCUACAGGUGUUAGGGGCUGCGCUGACUUUGCCCCUGUGAUUAAGCAGCCCCGCAUUGCUGUCUGGGCUCUGCUGCUCCACAGCCAGUGUCUCGGUGCCACCCCCGUGUCCCUGCCCACGCGGGGGGACACCAGCCAGGGAGGGGAACUGGGCUGCAGGACGGACCCGCUGCCCUCGCCCUCCUCUUAGCAGCGCUGGGGCCUGGGAGAAGCGCUUUUCUCAGCACAGUUCUGCUCUAGUUUCUCCCAAUUUGAGCAAAAAAAAAAAAAAACUAUCUCAAAGGGCCCCAUGGAGAAAACAGCCCAGGAAGGUGACUUCACUUCACCUCAAAACCCGGUAAUGGUUCAAAGACGUCAUUCCUUAUUUUUACAUCUUCUCCCAGAAAAGCCUAUGGAGUGGUGCAGAAGACCUUUGCUGGGGAGGAAGAGUAAGUCAUCCUCUUCUCCCUCCAGAUGGGCACGCAGCUGCCUGAGCAGCUCCCCGGGGAGCAGCAGGGAGGUCCCACGCGGGGCUGAGCUGGGGCUCGCAGCUGCAUUUCUGAGAGCUGCCGGUGACAGAAGGGCUUGUUUACGUCUAAACCCACUUAUCUCUGAAUGGAUCAGAAGUUGAAAGAGAUUCCAGCUUCCUUAUCGGAGUCUUUAUUAGGGAACCAGACUGUGACUGGUGGGGGUAGGAAUGUGCUUAUUGGGAACUGUCUGUUCCUCCUGACCCCUCGCUAUUUACCGUCCCCGGGAUUUGCUCGACCUGUGGAAGGCAGGAGGGAGCUGAGCCCAGCCGGGUGACAGUGACGACGGUGGGGAUGGAGCGGUGCUGGGGGUGGCUGCUGCUCGGGCAGGACCGCUGGCAGAGGAAGAUACUGCACAGAGGGAUUUUCCCCAUACCGGUGACAGAGAGCGCACAUCCAUCUGUUAAACUGCCUCUCUGUUGGUUUAGUUCAUUUUUGUUUUCCCAAUUUUUAGUCCAAUUUCUAUUCCCCUGUUAAUGAGAUGAUCCCUGGGAACUCAGGCACUGGUAGGGCUGUUGUUUGGUGGUGGGAGCUGAGUAGCGAAAGGACGAGGGCAAGUCUACAGCCUCAGAUUUGUAGUCGCGUGGCAAACAAACCGAGAGGUAAGGCUGAGAGCCAUUUUACACACAACUCCUCGCAGGUUUCUUUUUUCCCUGCUCUUAAGCUGCAAAAUGUAAAUCAUAACAUGAAAUUAUUUUAUUUAUGAUUUUUUUUUCUAAUAAACAGCAAUUUCUACCAUGGA